UAGAGUCAUUUAAACAUUACCUCACCAUUCAUCUUUCUGGUGCACUGUUGAGGUUUAAAGCUUGCACCUUUUGAUCCAUUUCAUUCUCUCACUGUGUUUCAAAUGGAAGGAGGAGGAGGACAAAGCGGCAACCACUUCAAAUCAUGGCAGGAAGAGAUUUACUGGACCCAUUUCCAGUUCAUCCAUUUCACUCAAUUUCUUCACAACGAUUUUCAGCAACAACUUGCACUUCCCAAAACAUUUUCAAAGAAUGUAAAGAAGAAGUUGCCUGAAAAUGUGACCCUUAAAAGUCACAGUGGAGUUGUGUGGAAUAUAGGGCUGACAACUAGAGAUGAUUUUGUUUACUUCACGAACGGUUGGCAACGGUUUGUGAAAGAUCACUCUUUGAAGGAGAAUGACUUCCUUGUCUUUAAGUACAAUGGUAAAUCACACUUUGAGGUUUUAAUCUUUGAUGGAGAAUGCUUUUGCGAGAAAGCAGCUUCUUACUUUGUCGGAAAAUGUGGAGAUGCUCAAACUGCAACAGGAGGAGAAGAACAGAAAUGCAGCGGCUUCAAAUCAUGGGAGGAAGACAUUUACUGGACUCAUUUUCAGUUCAUCCGUUUCACACAAUUUCUGAGCACCCAUUUUGAACAACAACUUGCACUUCCUAAAACAUUUUCAAAGAAUGUAAAGAAGAAGUUGUCAGAAAAUGUGACCAUCAAAGGUCAUAGUGGAGUUGUGUAUAAUGUAGGGUUGACAACUAGAGACGAUACUGUGUACUUCACGAAUGGUUGGCAGCAAUUCGUGAAAGACCACUCUUUGAAAGAGAAUGAUUUCCUUGUCUUUAAGUACAAUGGUAAAUCACACUUUGAGGUUUUAAUCUUUGAUGGAGAAAGCUUUUGCGAGAAAGCAGCUUCUUAUUUUGUCGGAAAAUACGGACAUGCUCAAACAGAACAAGGGGGUGAUGACAAGGCAAAGGAAACAAACAAUUCUGUUGAAGAAGCCAAUAUGGCUUCUAAUGGUGGUGUUGAAUGUGGUUUGCAUGAGAAAUUUCGGUAUCUUAACAAUAUAAGAACACCAUUAGCCGCACCUUUUGAAACUACCAAUGAAAAGUCUUCUAGUGCUGGUGUUGAAUUUGCUUCACCUGAGCAGGUCACGGCUGAUGCAGUCACUAAGUCCGCAUCAGCAGCGUUUCCCUCCCAACCAACGGGUAAAAGAACCAAGAGGUCUGAUAAUGAGGCUACAGCUGUCCAGAAUAACCGGCGAGGAACAUCACCAAUAGCAGGUUGGAAAACUAACUUUUUUAGUAUGCUUAGCGCAAAACACUGUGUCGCUUGCCAUGAGACGUCUAAAGAUAUGCCAAUGAAUCCUAUAGUCAGCUCAAAACCCAAAGACAAAGCUGAUCCAUCGGAUAAAAAAUUGUCAAAGAUUAGUCAAGAAGCUGUUUUAUCCACCGACUUGAAGAAAUCUGGUGGAACUUCAAUUACUUUGAAGAAGAUUGCUCAAGAAGCUGUUUUAUCCACUAACUUGAAGAAAUCGGGCGGAGCUUCAAAUACUUUGAAAAAGAUUGGUCAAGAAGCUGUUUUAUCCACCGACUUGAAGACACCUGGUGGAGCUUCAAAUACUCCGAAGAAGAUGGGGAUUUGCUCCAUGUCGAAAACUGCCCAUAAAAAGUUGGCUACACCGAAGAGGCAUCGUGUUGAAGAUGAACUAAGCUCCGAGGCUAAAGCUGAUUUGAAAAUGUUGGCUUCACUCGAAAAACAAAAAGCAGCUGAAGCUCUUAAAUCCCCAUUUCCUAAUUUUGUGACAAUCAUGAAGAAGUUAAAUGUCAGUGGAUCACGGACUUUGAGAAUCCCACAAGAGUUCGCUUCUGCACAUCUCCCCGACUACAAAACAGAAAUUACGCUUCGCAAUUCAAGAGGCGAAUGUUGGACAGUGAACUCCAUCCCAGAUAGUAAAGGGGGAAAAGCUCACACCUUGUGUGGGGGAUGGAUGUAUUUUGUUCGUGCUAAUGGCAUAAAUGUUGGCGACACGUGCAUUUUUGAGCUUGUUUCUCAUCUUGUCAUACAGGUUCAUAUAUUUGGAGUUGGAAAGGAAGGUCUUGACCAUCAAAAUGGGAAUGUGAAACCUAAUGAUGCUCCAUCUACCUGCUAACUUUUCUUGUUGGUUAGACAGAUACAUCAGUCUCCAAUGAAGGUUUUUGUGUGGCAAGAGUAUCAAAAGAUUUGUUUGUUUCAUGCUGUCUCUUCCCAUUCAAAUUCCAAUUAGCUGUAUCAUUGCUAAUCUAGAUCAUAGACUGCAUGCAGUAAUUAUCUCUGCUGCUUUUUAGUUCAUAUCAUUGUUAAUUUGUGAUUGUCUUCUACUGUAACAUUCAGUAAGCUCGUUAAAUGUUGGUCUUGAACAUAUUUUAAGAAAAUUAUAUAGUGUACUAAAAUUUAUGAUAGAGUAAGUUUAAUUUACUAAACUACUCAUUACUCAUUAGUAGUU